AUGGGCUCUCAACUCAACCUCAAAGUCUCAGGAGGCGAAGACCAUAACAACCUAGAAGCAGAAAUCCAAAGACUGGUCGAUACGGCAGGCUGGCAACUCCAAAACGGCGAUGAAAUCCAAAAAACAUACCACUGUCGAACCUGGACGAAGAUCAGUGAUUUCUUCACGGGCGUAGCAACGAAAUGCAAAGAUGUGAACCACCAUCCGAGAGUAGUUCUGGAUUAUAAUUCUAUCACCUUCUUCUGGAAGACUCAUUCUCCGCCUGGUCUCUCGCAGAAAGAUGUCCAUAUGGCUGAUUUUUGUGAUUCCUGGGCUCAGGUUGUUAAGACCGUGCCUGCUGGGAGUGCGCCGAGUUGUUCUGAUGGGAAUGCUACCUAG